UUCACGCUGUUCCAGCUCUCCAUCCAGAGGUGUAGCGAAAGGACGGUGCGAUAGCUUGUUACAACAGCUCGACAACUCAUUCGCCGCUCGUAUAGCAUCGCUGGUCCCCUUGCUAUAGCAUUGGUCGUUUGCAUUGUCACAGCAUUGGAUGCGAUUGAGUUUGCGGUGCCCUCAUGAACAAGUGGCUGGUGAACAAACGGUUCAAUUGAACUAAGGCUCUCGCUGAAACCACAUUGGGAAGGUGUUUCACUAACAGCGGUGGAUCAUACACGGUGUGUUUGAUGAGUUCAUUGCACAUGUGGAUUUUUGGAUUGGAAAUAUUCCCAUUGAUCUGUUUGUGAAUUGUGGAGUUUCCAGCUUUGAAAAAUACCUCGAAUAUAUCAAAAUGAUCUCCCAACAAAGAACCUGACUUUGGGAACAACUUGGACCCCUCCAAGAAUAAACCAUUCCUUGAAACAAGGAGAACUGUGCUUGUUGAGGUUUAUUGUCUUUUGGCGCCGACCGUUCCAGACAUUGCGGUGCAGUGAAGAGUGUUGCUAACAAGCGUAAUCCUUAUGUUCUCAUUUACACGAGCAUCAUUAGAAACAUCCGCAUUUUCCUGUUUUUACUAAUCUCAAGUGUUACAAGUUGUUUUUAAGCCAAAAGAGCACUGAGCAAAAUCGUCAAUAAUCAUUUUUUAUCCUUUUCGACAGUUUACAUUUUUCUUAAUCAAGCUGUCAGUUAGUUGAUAUUCCUGUUGGUAAGACUUUCUCGAAGAUUACCAUUUCCCACAAACAAAUGAUACUGCAUGUCUUGUACAAUUUACAUAUUUGAUUUCUGAGAAUCAAACAGUUAAAUUUUGGAAUUUUUCCAAGUAAGGUGUUUGAAGUUAUUUGAAGAAUUCCAGUGCCAAGUAUUUUUCACCAUUGAGGAAUUUAUUUGGUUUUAAAAUAGCUUUGAUCAGAAUUUUUAAAUCUGAAGAUCCUGCGACUACCUUUAACAUUUAAAUCCUGUCCCUCAUCGUUUCGGGAGCCAGCAGUUUAAAAGCAGGUUAUCUGUGUUGAAAGGAUUCCACCUCGCACUGAGAACCCGGAGAAUUUGGUGAGAUUCAGAAUUAAACAAACGAUUCUCAGAACCAGGAGAUCUGACUUGAAUCUUAACCUGCGGGAAGACGUGAAAGGCUUCUCUGUCAGUGGAGUUUCCCAAAUUGUCUGUGAGUUUGUCUGUAUCUCGUGGAGACAUGGAGAGGAUAUCGGUCACGCGCUUCUCGUUCCGGAGAAAGGGGAGUUUCCGAAAGGACAAAGACAAGGAUGACCACAAGGACGACUUUGAUUAUUCCAAGAUGACUUAUAUCAGCCAGGAUGAGGCCCAGAAGAUCGACCAGGAGCUGUUUGAGGACUACUCCUUCAGCGUGGAACAGCUGAUGGAGCUGGCCGGGUACAGCUGCGCCGUCGCCAUCGCCAGGUGUUUCCCAAUAGACAACAUGUCCAAGGACAACGGUGCAGUGCUGGUGUGUUGUGGGCCUGGCAACAAUGGUGGGGACGGCCUUGUCUGUGCCAGACAUCUCAAACUAUUUGGCUUCAAGCCUUCCAUCUUCUACCCGAAGCAGCCCAACAAGCCCCUGUUUGAGAGCCUGCGCCGCCAGUGUGAGGGGAUGGACAUGCCCUUCUUGUCCUUCUUCCCCUCCGACCCCCAGCUCAUCAAAGACUCCUAUAACCUCAUCGUAGAUGCGCUGUUCGGAUUCAGCUUCAAGGGACCUGCCCGCCCCGAGUUUGCCUCCAUCUUGGAGAAGCUGAAGAAGAUACAAGACGAUGUCCACAUCUGCAGCAUUGAUGUACCUUCAGGAUGGGAUGUAGAAAGCGGCGACCCUGACGGCAUCCACCCAGAGCUGCUCAUCUCGCUGACGGCACCCAAACUGUGUGCCCGCCACUUCAGGGGCAAACACCACUAUCUGGGCGGCCGCUUCGUGCCGAAGACGCUGGAACAACGCUACAGUCUCAAUCUUCCUGCCUACCCAGGCACAGAGUGUGUGAUAGAACUGAAAACACAGACCACGGAACCUGCAGAAAGUUCCAAGUGAUUCUCUCCGCUGCCAUCAAUUGACCUCCUGCUGUUUGUUGAUAGCUUGAAAUGUGUAUAUCAUCUGUCCUUUCCAAACAAUGUAUAGAGAAAAGGUUUGGUGUAGAACUGUUGUGCAUCGGUUGAAAUUAUUUUAAUGGUUGGUUUAGUUGGGUUAAUUCCGCUUUCAGCUUUAGUUAUAUCAUGCUUGUUAGUUUAGAGGUAGUCAUCAAGCCAUACUAAAAGACUUGAAGAAUUAAAGUCACAUGUGACCUGAAUGUCACAAUGGAGUUCUGUUUUUGCUCACACAACAGCACAUUAUCUUGAUUAAAUGCGUCUCUCAAAAUAACAAUUAAAUUUAGUAAACAUU